AUGGCUCGCUCAGGCCGCGCAGACACAACUUCCCGCACAGUACUGACCCUUGAACGUCCGGGCAACAACGUGGUCAGCUUUGACCUCGCCCCUGACUCAGACCGCCCGUACGCGACCCGUGUCACAAUACCUGCAGGGUCGCCAUGGACACCCGCACCGCAUUGGCAUGAAGGCUAUACAGAGUAUGUUGCUUGCAUUUCAGGCCGUCUCCUGGUCCGGCUGAACGGCGUGGACAAGGUCGUCACCCCAGACGACGGCCCACAGGUCAUCGAUAAGGGAGUAGUGCACGAGUUCAUGCGCGCUGAUCUGCACGGAUACCCAAAAACCCCUGGCAAAGGAGACGGCGGGGAUGUCGUGGCGGAGGAAUGGACGGACCCUGCUGAUGGGAUGAAGCAUGUCUUCUUCCGGAAUCUUUUCAGCGUGCUUGAGGAUCAGAAGUAUUUUGGAUGGAAGUUUGUGCCACAAGUCAUGUACAGCUUGAGGCGGCAUGAUAAUUGGAACGUGAUGCUUGGGAGUGGGAAGGGUGGUGUUGGAUGGUUCGGAUGGACAGUUACUCACACGGUUUAUGCGUUAGGAGAAGGCGUCGCGAAGUUGAUUGGGUUGCGUCCCUGGUACGAGGAGUACAUACCUGCGAACUUGAGGGAAGUUGCGGCCAAAUAUUGA